AACGCAUUCAGUUUGCAACGUGUCAACAAAGCAGACGAGAACAACUGUCACCCGAAGUCGUGAACUACCCUUUCCUGUCUCUUAGCAGUUUUUGAGAGACCAUGGAAUCAAUUACAGACAAAGCCAAUCCUUUAGCUAAAAAAUUAGCAAAAAUACAGGACAAUCAAUUUGAAAAUGAUAAAGACACCCUUGAAGCUUUAAAAGAGCUGUCAACAUUUUUCAAUGAAAACAGUAUUCGAACUCGUAGGAAUCUCCGAGGAGAGAUAGAAGGAAGAAGCCUAGCAAUAAAUCAGGAUAUCUUUAAAGCAUUUCAUCAAGUCAAAGAAGCUCUUGAUGAUGUGCAUUCUCAAGUAUUAUUCAUGAAUCAGAGUUGUAAAGGAAUGUCCUCUAAGCUUGCUGCUGUUAAAAUGAGAACACAUCAGCUUAUGUCCCAAAUGACCAGUUUUCAGGCAACUAGUAAUCAGCUAAGUAUGGAGCAGAUGGUGGCCAGCAAAAUGAUUGAAAGCUUCCAGUUAACCCCUGCCGAAAUGACUGAGCUACAGAGCUUUGAUCGUGCGAUCACAGCCGAAUUCUUUACAGCAUUUAGGAAGUCUAAGCAUAUACAUCAGCAGUGUAAGCUACUUCUACAAAGCGGUCAUCAAACUACGGUUUUUGAAAUUAUGGAACAAAUGGCGUCCCUUCAAGAGACGGCACUUGAAAGACUUUACCGGUGGACGCAAAAUCAAUGUAGAAACAUUGAUUCACCUGAUUCGAAUAUACUUUUGACGCAAGCCAUUUCGUGCCUGCAAGACCGGCCCGUUUUGCUUAAAUAUGUUGUUGAUGAGUACUGUACUGUUCGCCGAGGAUUGGUUGCACGGUCUUUUCUUGAUGCUUUAACCAUUGGCGGACCCCACGGAACACCUCGACCCAUUGAGCUUCAUGCUCAUGAUCCUGCACGUUAUGUGGGAGACAUGCUCGCUUGGUUACACCAAAUGACUCCAAUGGAAAAGGAAAAUGCUCAAGCCCUCCUUAAAGGCUGUGACAAGUCGGAUAUCAGCGAAUUGGUAAAAGGUGCCUUAGCAAAUAUCACCGAAGGUGUUUGCCGUCCCUUACGGUUGCGGUUGGAACAAGUAAUAUCACCUGACAUCGGCCCUGCUGUACUUCACACGUUAUCAGGAUUAAUUCGAUUCUAUCUUAAUACUAUCGGAGAGGUUGUGCCAAACAGUGCAUUAAUUGAAACACUGAAUGAUGUAUUCGAUCAAUGCCACCAUACAUUUUUAACCUCUUUGGAGUCCCAUGUCCAAAGGCUCUUGGAACGAAUUCAACCGCCCAGUCAAGAUUUAAGUCCUUCUCUCGGGGUCAACCAACUGUUGAAUUUAUUACGGGACGUUCUUUCAGGAGGACAUAUAGUAGACGCGAAACCUUCUGACGUUUCUGAAGUGGUAAGCAGAGUAUUGGAUCCCUUGUUGCAUUUGAUAGAAGAUACUGCCGGUCGACUUCCAAGGGUUGAUCAAGCUGCCUACACGCUUAAUUGCGUCUAUCAGAUUCACUCUUCGCUUUCGCUUUAUGAACAUGUCGAAGAACGUUUGGAGAAUCUACAAGGGUUAAUGGAGAACCAGUUAGCUCUUCUGAGCAAUGAGCAGGCUACCAGCUUAAUUCAUAGUCUAGGAUUAGGUCCAGUCUGUGCUCUUUUGCAAAAUCAAGGUGACGGAGAAUUGUUGUCCAAUAUUCCAGGCAUGGACUCUUCUAGUUUACAGUCAUUUCUGGUGAAACUAGAUGCUCUGCUGGGUGCACCGGACGCUUUGCAACUGGCACAGUGGAAAUUGUUGAUCAGUGGCUCUCACAGGAAAACCAUUCAACGACGAGCGCUAGACACCGUUCUAUCAAUUUAUGAGCAACUAUAUGAUGCUGUUCACAAUCCCGCUAACUGUUAUGAGAAUCCAUCUAGUAUUAUGCCACGGACACCUCAGCAAGUGAGACAUCUACUUGCAUGAUUCUUCACAGAGUUUGUGUAACUUAUGAUUAACAGAGUGUUUUCUAAAUCCUUUAAUAUGUUAAAGACAUGGUCUCAGUACAAGAUAGAUACACAAAUGAUCUUUACAUUGUUGGAUACUAUUUAAUCUUCGUCUGUUCUGGUGUGGCUGAACUUGUUGCUUCUGUUAAAGUCUUUAUUCCCUGUUUGGGUUAAAUACAAAACAAAGAUAG